CUUCUGUGCCCGCUGCUAUUUAUGGCCCGCGGCGCUGCAGCUGCCGGGGGGGCACCGCGGCCAUGUCGGGCCGUGCGGAGGGGGCCGCCCCCAAACCCCCCCCCCCUCCUCCGCCCCCAAACCCCCCCCCCCGCCCCCCAUCCCCGCCCGGCUCCGCUUUCAGCCCCGCGGGGUCUCCACCCGCCCGACCCGCAGCGCUCUGAGCCCCCGUUUGGACCCAUUGACGGUUCCCCCGCCGCCAUGGCCGAAGCCCACCAGGCCGUUGCCUUCCAGUUCACGGUCACCCCGGAGGGGCCGCACUUCCAGCUGAGCCGGGAGGCGCUGCAGCACCUUUACCUGCUGGGCGUCGCCAGCUGGAAGAAACGCCUCGUCAGGGCCAAGAACCGCGUGCUGUGCGGGCUGUACCCGAUCUCCCCGUCCAGUUGGAUGGUGGCGGUGGCGGCCACGGGCGGCGCUCUGUACUGCCGCGUCGAUCCCUCCGCGGGGAUCAUCGGCCGCAUCCGCGACGGACUGCCCUGCAGGUGGGGGGGCAAUGGGGGGCGACAGCAGUACGCAUGCGCGAGCACCGAGCGCUCAGUACGCUUGCGCGGACCUCGAGACGGUCGUACGCAUGCGCGAGAUUCGGGACGACAGUACGCAUGCGCUUUCCGCGAGUCGAUUGGACGCAUGCGCGAGCUUCGACUGGACAGUACGAAUGCGCUAUCCACGGAACGGUAG